GGCGGUGAGAGGUGGACGAGAGCGGGUUGCGGUGGCGAGUGAGUUGUGUGGUUAUCGCCUUCGAUCCUCGAGAACUUUUUGAUUCCACAAGUCUGAGGAAAGUGUUCUAAGCAACAACUGUGUUGUGUGAAGACGGAGAAACUAUCAAAGAAAGGCUUAAGCCAAGGAGGUAGCAGAGAUGUCAAAAACAAAUAAAUCAAAAUCAGGAUCUCGUUCUUCUCGUUCAAGAUCUGGAUCACGGUCUCGGUCCAGGUCUUUCUCAAAGUCUCGGUCUCGGUCCCGGUCUCUUUCACGGUCAAGGAAACGCAGGCUCAGUUCUAGGUCCCGUUCGAGGUCAUAUUCUCCAUCUCACAACAGGGAGAGAAACCAUCCACGAGUGUACCAGAAUCGGGAUUUCCGAGGGCAUAAUAGAGGGUAUCGGAGGCCAUAUUACUUCCGUGGAAGGAAUAGAGGAUUCUACCCAUGGGGCCAGUAUAAUCGAGGUGGCUAUGGAAAUUACAGGUCCAACUGGCAAAACUACCGCCAAGCUUAUAGCCCUCGUAGGGGCCGUUCACGGUCACGGUCACCCAAGAGAAGGUCUCCAUCACCAAGAUCUAGAAGCCAUUCUAGAAAUUCUGACAAGUCUUCAUCUGAUAGGUCAAGGAGGUCGUCUUCAUCUCGGUCCUCCUCUAAUCACAGCAGAGCUGAAUCCUCCAAACGUCGAUCUGUAAAGGAGAGGAAGUCCUCUUCCAAAGAUGCACGAGGAUCUCAGGGUGCUGGAGACAGCCAAGGAGAUGACACCAAGGAACAGCCUUUCUCCGGAGGAACUGCCCAGGAUGCCAAAUCCUCAGAGGGGUCAAAGCCUUGGCAAGAAGUGGGCACUUACGGCACAAGCUCAGCCUCAAGGGCCUCGGUGACAGAGAUGAGUCCAAAAGAGCGCAGCCCAGCAUUAAAGAGCCCCCUGCAGUCUGUCGUGGUGAGGCGCCGGUCCCCCAGGCCGAGUCCGCUUCAGAAGCCCAGCCCAACAUCAUCUAACCCUUCCCAGAUGGGCUCGACUCUGCAGAGCAGCAGCUCCUUUCAGGCAGGCUCACAUCAGUUUGAGCAUAACUUAGCAGGCCUGAGUCCAACGAGGAAGAGCCCCGUGUGCAAAAGCCCCACAACAAUUGGUUCCAUUUAUGGGGCAUCUCAGAAGGAGGAAAUGGGGUCAGCCUUCUCCAAGAGGUACUUGGAAGAGCAAAAGUCUGAGAAUGGGAAAGAUAAAGAGCAGAAACUGAUGAGUGUGGAAAAGGAGAAAAUGAAGGAGAAGGGAAGUUUCUCUGAGAUGGGAUUAGCAGAUGGUAAAGCAAAACUGGAUCCAUAUGCUCCUAAAGCUGAUACCGAGAAGGUCUAUCGUGGAAGUCAGUCCCCAAAGCGCUAUAAGCUCCGGGAUGACUUUGAAAAAAAGAUGGCCGAGUUCCACAAGGAGAGCCACUAUGGCAAAGAUGAGGCAGAUGAGCCAGACAAAAAAAUGAAGGGCAAAGGGCGAAAGGAUCCCAACUUUGAUGAAGAUGAGGAUGAUGAGCCCAAGUUUCUGUCUAAGACGGUGUCUGCCUCCAGUAAAAACCAGGAGGAAGAUCGAGCGGGCAAAUGGGAAGGCCUGGUAUUUUUGCCUGCAGCCAAAGAGAAACAGAGGAAAGCGGAAGAGAUGGAGGAGGACUCCUAUGCCGAGCAGUCCAAGAAAGAAGACAGGCAGGCUGCCAAGAGAGCAGAGGCUGGGCACAGAGGCUUUGUUCCAGAGAAGAAUUUCCGAGUCACCACUUACAAGGCUGGCCAGGAAAAAGGUGCUGCCUCUCCUCCUCCGAGAAAGGCCUCAGAGGGUAGAGAGAAGGCAGGUGGUCGGGGAGAUGGCCUAGCUACUGGGAAGUCCUCCUUUUCAAUUACUCGUGAGACUCAAGUUAAUCUCCGGAUGGAUUCUUUCGAUGAGGAUCUUGCACGCCCAAGUGGAAUUUUGGCUCAGGAGCGCAAGCUGUGUCGUGAUCUGGUGCACAGCAACAAAAAAGAGCAGGAGUUCCGCUCGAUCUUUCACCACAUCCAGUCAGCCCAAUCUCAGCGGAGUCCCUCAGAGCUCUUUGCCCAGCACAUAGUUACUAUUGUACAUCAUGUAAAAGAGCACCACUUUGGGUCUUCGGGAAUGACGCUGAACGAACGCUUUACAAAAUACCUGAAACGAGCAGAGCAGGAAUCGGCUAAGAACAAAAGCCCUGAAAUCCACAGGAGGAUAGACAUUUCUCCGAGUUCCUUUAGAAAGCACGGGUUCUCACAGGAGGAAAUCAAAAGUUCCAAAGAAACCGGCUAUAAGGCAGAAAGCAAAUAUAAAGAUGACCCAGUUGAUCUGCGCCUUGACAUUGAACGGCGUAAAAAACAUAAGGAGAAGGAUAAGCGGGGCAAGUCGAGAGAAUCGGUGGACUCCAGGCCCUCAAGUCAUUCGCGGGAGAGAUCAGCGGAGAAAACAGAGAGGUCUCACAAAGGGUCCAAAAAGAAGAAGCACCGGCGUGUGCGGGAGCGAUCCAGGUCAAGCUCUUCGUCCUCACAGUCCUCACCCUCACGCUCUUACAAAGCUGAGGAAUAUGCUGAGGAGGCAGAAGAGCGGGAGGAGUCUGCCCCCGGGUUUGACAAAUCCCGCCUCGGCACCAAGGAGUUUGCUGGCCCAAACGAGCGGGGCAGAGCUCGUGGGACUUUUCAGCAGUUCCGAGCCAGGGGCCGCGGUUGGGGAAGAGGCACCUUUUCUGGCAACAGCAACAAUAACAACAGCAGUGGCAGUGCUGACUUCCAAAAACGAACCAGAGAAGAGGAGUGGGACCCUGAGUAUACACCUAAGAGCAAAAAAUACUACUUGCAUGAUGACCGCGAAGGCGAAGGUGGCGAGAAAUGGGCAAACCGAGGCAGGGGCCGUGGCAUCUUCCCCCGUGGGCGGGGCCGUUUCCUGUACCGGAAAUCAAACACCAGCCCCAAAUGGGCCCAUGACAAAUUUAGUGGAGAGGAGGGAGAGAUUGAGGACGACGAGAGCGGAGCUGAGACCAGAGAGGAGAAAGAAGCCCUUCAGUCGGUCGCAGAGUAGAAGCCGUGAGUUGGGAAGAGGGUCCUGAGAGCCUGAAGCAGGAGCCUCUGGAGGGCGCAUGGCCUCUGCCCCCGUCUGAACUGUAACUGAUCCUUAUUGACUAGUUGAAUGUGUUUGUUUGUUAAUCUUUUUUUUGUGUGUGACCCUCGGAGGACAACGUGGAGUAAGUCUGUUCCCAAUACUCUUGGCAAUCAUUUUUGUUUCCUGGGGGGAAAAGAAAAAAAAAAGAUGGUGAUGGGAAAAUUCCCUGGUUUUUUUUGUUUUCUCUCCUUCCUUGUUUGUGGAGUUUUUAAAAUAGAAUCCUUUAUUUUAAGCCUUUGCAUAUAAUAGAGACGAUGCCCGUUAUGGAUGAUUAAUUUCAGAACAGCCUUUGUGGUUCUUGCAUAUUAAAGAACGACACAUGUGACUAAACACCUGCAUAUAAAUCAUUGGGACCAAACUGCGUGUUCUUAGUUUUAAAGGAACUCUUCCCCCACUUGAAUUUGGAAUCCUUUUCGCUUUUAAGGAGUUCCCAUUAUGUGUUCCUUUUUUCUCUUUUUUUGAAGGAAAGUUGGCGUGGUACAAAAUUGGAGAAGACCUCCCACCCCCACCCCACCCCCCACUGCUCUUGGCUGAUCUUAGAAGCAUCUAGGUCCUUUCACUCUAGAUUUCUCGCUUACCCUCUUUGCCUCCAAUUGUGAAUUCAAAUACUUUUCAGGGUUGCAUAGUUUUUCUAAGAAACUUCUGGAUAUAUUAGGAUAACAGAAAUUGUAGCAUGAAAAAUGAGAAUUUUUUCCAGUAUUUUUAUUAAUCUUUUUAUAAAGCAAUUUUGACUCACAUCUGUGAUGGCCAUGGCAAGUUACUGGUGGUUGGUUUUUGUGUUUUAUCUUCAGCUUUAAAUUUGUAGAGCUCAAAAAAGGUGUUUUGGCAUGGGGGGGGGGCAAUCUUCCUCCCAGGCCUUCCAAGCCAGCUCCAGCGAAUGUUGUUGCUGCAUAGAGAAAUCAGUCCCUUGAAAAUCUGGCUUUGUGGUGCUUCUCCCCCUGCCGCAUCCUCUCUAUGCUAUGAAUUGGGCUCAUUUUAUGGGACCCAUUGCAGUUCUUGCUUAGUUACGCCUGCAAGCUUUUGUUUUGAUUGUGCAAAUAAAAUUACAUUAAAAUGAACUGGGAAGGGAGUACCUCUGGUUUCUUU